GCCGUUACAUUAAAUUGGAAAAACUUUUGUUUUGUUUUAAUAACUCUCUUACAUAACAAAGAAACGGAUAAAAAAGUUAUAGGUUAACAUGAUAAUAGUUCUCUGAACAUCGUUAAAAAUGUUGUUUUCGCUAAAAUAGUGAUAAGACGACUUAGUAGAAAAAUAAGCAAAUACUUUUUUAGAUAUCUUAUUAGUUGUUUCUAUGGCUUGGUAUAAUUUUAUGAGAAGAAAAUAUAAAGCCUCGAAGAGGUACGUCACAAGAAGAUACACAAGACGUCGAGCGCACGCCAAACUUUAUCAUUUUCCUACAAAAGUUGCUGUUUUUGGGGCGCCAAAUGUAGGAAAAACAACAAUAACGCGCCGUUUUACGCAGAAAGAUUAUCCUGAUGAUUUUCAAAAGGUCACAGAAGUUUAUAAGGUUACCAUAACAACAAAAUGUGAAGAUGGUGUCUCGUGUAAACAUGACCUGUCUCUACAUGAUACACCAGGGAGCUUGAGAGGGAUGCUACCAGACUUGUACGAAGCCGUUAUCAGAAAAUCAGACACGUUUAUUAUUGUUUUUGCACUCGAUGACCAUGACAGCAUGAAUCUCGUUUUUCGUACCUUACAUGAUCUAUACAAUGUAAAGGGAGAGCACGUUCCUGUUUUGAUUGUGGCAAAUAAAUCUGAUCUAGCCAGCAAUGAUGAAGAAAGUAUACAAGAAAGGUUUAAGUUUUACAAAGAAAUAUCUAAAAAAGAUUACCCCUGUAUUGAAGUCUCGUCAAAACAGGUUGCUAAUUUUAAAGAUCACUGGCUCCCUAUACUAGUCGAAUUAGAACGUAGACAGGGAGUAAGAAAUGAACAUGGACGCCCUGUGUACAUUGGUGAUUGAACAUGGACUCCUUGUGUAAAUUGGUGAUUGAACAUGGACGCCCUGUGCACAUUGGUGAUUUGACAUGGACUCCCUGUGCAGAUUGGAAAUGUGCCCUAGAUUUUUAACUUAUAUUCGGAGCGGAUAAUUUUUCCACACUCAACAAUGUGACGAGGUUAUUUAAACAGUAGAAAGUUUUAAGUACCGAAUCGAGGGUGCAAAAUCCUUGUUUCUUAACUGUAACAUCAUUAGAAACAAAAUCAUAUGUGACAUAGAAACGUGCCUGAGAGAACAAAGCUGAAAGGAAUUCAACUUUUGCUCUGUAAAAAACGCAAGUAGAUUUGAUUUAAGUUUCCAUCAAAAAACAAUUAGCACGUUUUUCUGUGCAAGUAUUUAAACCGGAUACGACUCCUUUGGUAUGUGGAAUGUGAUUAAAAUUGCUUUUAGUAAGAUUAAUAAAUAAACGAAUUAUUGAGGGUAUUAAUAAAGAAUUAAUUAAUGUUGAAGUUAUAAAUACUUCGUAAUAAAACAUUAAUUACUUUAGCAAGUAAUUGAAUGUUAGAAAUAUGACAUGUAAAUCGCCAGCAAGGGAGAUUUUCUCACUCUUCUUAGAGAUUAUGUGCAUAAUAUAGUUUAUUUUAUCUAUAAAAGGAGUUUUCUAGACUAUAAUAUAAA